GUGGCUGCGGCCGCCUGCGCCGCGCGGCGGCGCAGCCGCGCGCGCCAGGCUGCGCCGGCUGGCGGCGGCCGUGGCAGGCGCCGGGGUGGGCGAGCGGGCAGCAGAGGCGCUGGCCGCCGGUCUCUGGGACGCGUCCCCGCUCGCCGCGUUGCGGCGCGACUUCCUGGCGGGUGCGGCCCUGCCCUCUCUGCCGCAGCCCGGAGUGCUGCCGCCCUGGGUCGAGGCCGAUUCCUUGUUCGAGAUCGUGCCGCACCAGGUCGAGCGCGACAUCGAGCAGCUGAGCUACCUGGUGUCCGAGCGCGUGUUGCCCGCCGAGCUGCGCAAGUUUGUUGUCGACCUCGCCAUCCCGGAGUACCAGCGAGUCCUGGACAUGGCUCGCAUAUCGUACUGGAUGGGCGUUCCGACGUGUACUUCGCAACCCGCCCACAGCCAGAUUUCGCUAUUUUCUUUGGCUUGCAAAGGCGCGCUCUGCACCUGCACGAUGGCGAGGCCGUCGCGGGAGGGGCCAUCAGCUCGGACGUUGAUUUGCAGGCGGUCCAGCGCGAGUUCUUUCAGAAAGAGCACCGUGCAGUUGUCAUCGACGAUUUCUUCUCGGACGAUGCCUUGAGGGACUUGCGGACGUAUCUGAUGGAGUCAACGAUCUGGACCGAGGCAAAGUUUGGGCACGUUGGCGCAUACUUAGAGGGUGGUUUCGCGUGCCCCCUUGUGUCCCAGAUCGACCAAGAACUGCGCUCCAAACUGCCCGAGGUGUUUGGCGACCUUGAGCUCGACACUGCCUGGGCCUACAUGUAUGAUGGAUCACUGGGUGGUGUCAGCACGCAUGCGGAUGACGCCCAGGUGCAGAUCAAUUUCUUCAUCACCCCCAGCGAGGCAAAUAUGGGACUCAACGACACCGAAUUGCCCUCUGGCGGGCUUGUCCUUUACGGGAUCGGCCCUCCGGAAACGUGGGGCAAAGAGGAUUUCAAUAAUGUGUACGCUAGGGAGGCAAUUGAGGAUCUGAUUGCUACGACCAAUCAUUGGAACAUCACUGUGCCUUACGUCCAAAACCGCGCGAUUCUUUUCGACUCAACCUACUUCCACCGGAGCGACGACAUGCGGUUCAAGAAAGGGUACAAGAACAGACGCAUCAAUGUCACGUUCUUGUACGGCAAACGGAAGGCUUUGAAAGCCCGGCCCGCCGUCGAUCUGGAGAUGUGCUCCAACCUGGCCGGGUUCCAAGCCUCCGAGGCAGCGUCCGCCAUGGGUCAGGACAGGGAGCGGUUCUACACCGUCGGCCAGCAGUUCCUCGACGAGGACGGCUGGGCCAUGCUGCGAGCGGAGAAGUUGAUAUGAUGCAUUGCGAGUGCAGGGCAGGGCCAUCGAUUAUCCAGCCUCGAGGUUCAAGCCACGAUUUUCAAUGGCGACCGAUUGCGUGCGUCCGCUCUAUAUUGUUGAUCCUGCUCUUCCCCUUCAUCCGCGUCCUCGUCCUUCUCUUCCGAUCCACCUCUGGUCCGUCUCAUACUCCUCAUGAUCCUCCACCUUCUCGUCGCUCUGACCCUCCAUGCAAAGGGCAAGAGGAGUACGCACAUGCCGAAGUACACGAUUGCAAGUUUGCCCCAGAAAGUGGGCUCUCAAUCUCAAUCACACCUGCCUUACACCGCUGGCCUUGCCGACGGCCACAGCGUCCGACUCUGACCCCGACUCCAGCCCCGAUGACACCGCACCGCUACCAUCACCAAUGCAGCGCCCGCGUGGAAUAACAUUUGAAUUAUUAUUAUGUAAGUCGACAUCCUGCUCCGGAGCACGAGUCGGCUUGUCCAGAAUAAGGUAUUUUGUCCAGUGGUUAUGGUCCCGAUAUGAUGCCGAGUGCAGACCGUACUGACUCUUCUUCCUUUGUUCGCGCUUGGCUUUCCCAGCCGCCAAAGGGCAACACAUCUAAGAUCGAAUCAUUGGUUUUGACACCAGAUUCCAGAAAUUAUCAAGGGCUUCCAGAACUGACCGCGGGCCUCCGUGGUUUCCAACUUCAUGGCCCAGGGCUUCAUCAUUACGGACCAGGGCGUCCGCAUGUAUACGCACCUGGAAUCGUAAGGACCAGAAUUUCCCAAGGCAUUUUUCUCAUACUUGCAAGAAGCCGUCCAUAAUACAUGCUUGUUGCGAAUACGAUUGGGAACGCAUGUUAAAAUGUUGCAAUGUUGUUGUUCGCCGUCAAAGUUUAUGAGACUCAACGUUUAUGAAAGGGCCAUAGUAGCGGGCCAAUCCCAUAUGGGAAUGUCGGGCCAUCUACUGAUCUUGCGGACGGCGACAGGCGGUUUGGCGGACCGAUGGCUCGCCCCCGAAUACCGAAUGUCUCUGGCGCUCCUGAAGUAGAGGGCGCGGCAGUGGAAAGGUAUCUUUGCCCGCACCCAGCCCGUGGUGAGAAGAAGAAUAGCGUGAACGCUGCGGGUCGGCAUCUUGGUCCGCAUUCGAGUCCACCUGUAGGUCGAUGUAGCGUGUUUUCAGAUGCAGCAUGUUACUAUGACGAUGUACACUGUGAGUUAAUUUUGGUUAUGGGGUGCCAGCGUCUUGGCAGCAGGGCUCGCAAUCCGGGAUUCGCAUGCCCGCGGUGUUUCUUCUUUCCCACUCUGGCUUGUAGAUGCAUCUGUUGGUCCACCUUUCGUCCAUUCCCAUGGUAGGUGGUUGCAAUAUCGUGUCGCAUGUUUAGAAUAAAGUGUUC